AUGCCUUUCUCGCUUCAUUCACAUUCAGGCCAAUUUUGUAGACAUGCCAAAGGCAGCUUAGAUGAUAUCGCACUCUCUGCGAUUGAUAAGCAGUUCUCUCUCUUUGGAUUCUCGGAACAUGCGCCACGAUACAGACGCCAGGAUCUUUAUCCCGAGGAGAGUGACAUGAAUCCUCAAGAUACAUCAACUGUCUUCUCCGAAUACGUAAUUGAGGCACACAAAUUAAAGAAUGUCUAUAAAACUCAAAUUGAGCUACUCGUAGGGCUUGAGACUGACUACAUCACAGACAUCGACCUGGACAAUACACGUCUUCUCAUUCACAACUACAGCGACUCAGACAAUCCAAUCGAGUACUUGGUCGGUUCAGUCCAUCAUGUCCUUGAAACUCCUAUCGAUUUUGACUCAGAAACAUUCUACAAGGCCUUACAAAAGGCUGGAUCGCGUCAGGCGUUGUAUGUGGAGUACUACACGCGCCUACUCCAUCUCGUCAAGACGCUCGAGCCAGAAGUUAUCGGUCACAUAGAUCUCAUACGUCUUUACGAGCCGCACAUCAAUCUAUGUGAGUAUGAAGAAGCUUGGAAGCUUAUCGACGCGAUUGUCAAACAUGCAGCCCAAUAUGGUGGUCUUAUUGAAAUAAAUGCUGCUGCUAUCAGGAAGGGUUGGCCCACUCCCUACCCCGCCUCUGACAUACUCUAUCUCGUAAAAACUCACGGUGCCAGGUUGACGCUCUCAGAUGAUACGCACACGCCCGAGAAUGUCGGUCUCAAUUACUGGCGCGUAUUUGAGUACCUCAAGUCGCACGAUAUAAGAGAUCUCUACUACUUGCAAAGAUGUGAAAAGAGUGCUCCUGGUGCUAUGUCGUGCGGCAGGACUGUAGUGAAAAAGUAUGAUGGCGUUUGGUCAAAGGAUAAUUUUUGGAAAACGUGCAAUCCAAGUUGGAGGUGA